GCCAGAAGGCCGGGAAGGAGAGAGGCGAGCUCACUGCCUUCGCCCGCCCCAUGCCCGGCUCGUCCGCCGCCCGCUAGCCGCCGCCGCCGCCUCCAUGGCGCGGCCCGUGGAGCUGCUCUGCUACUGCUGCUCGGCGGCGCUCCUGGCGGCGUGGUGGGGUACCGCUUGCGCCAACCCCAGCGCCAGCCCCUCCACCGCCGGCGCCCCACUGCAGGAUGAGGCGGACAACCAAGAGAACAUCCUCUCCCAGUUGCUAGGUGACUAUGACAAGGUGAAGGCUGUGUCAGAAGGUGGCGGUGACUGUCAGUGCAAGUGUGUGGUGCGGCCCUUGGGUCGAAGUGCCUGCCAGAGGAUUAACGAUGGAGCUUCCAAACCGGAGGAUUUUUACGUGGUGGAAACCAUUACUUCUGGACCAGAAUGCAGAUGCUCAUGUGUGGCUCCCCCAUCCGCUCUGAACCCUUGUGAGGGAGACUUCCGGCUGAAAAAGCUGAGAGAAGCAGACAGCAAGGAUUUUAAGUUGGCAGCCAUUAUUGAUAUGCUGGAAGGCGCUUUCUACGGCUUAGACCUGCUGAAGCUGCAUUCCAUCACGACCAAGUUGGUGGGUCGAGUGGAGAAACUGGAAGAGGUGAGGUGCACUAAGACGCAGGAUGCUAAUGAAGUUCUGCAAGAGCUGAAUCCUAAAGCUAAGGACAAUUCAUCCUUCGGCAUCUCCAAUGACCUUGCUGACAUACAGAGCUUGUUGCAAAGGGAUGCUGCGGCUGCCUAUACACUCACGGAGGAAAAGUAUGAAGAAGGUUUCCUGCACGAUGAAGUGGUUUCUCAGCACAUUGGUUCUGACGAGUCCUUGCACUAUGCACCCCAAGUGCCAGAGGCAACGAAGCCCAAGUCCACAUCGCCAAGAAAACUCCACGUGAGAAGCAGGGCCCCUUCCCGGCCCACCAUCAUUCGAGGGGUCACAUACUAUAAGGCCAAAGAUGCCGAUCUGGAAAAUGACCUUGAUGAACAGGAUGAACUUUUCAGUGGUGAGAAUGCAAUUGAUUUGCUGAUCGAAGACCAGCUCUUGCAGCACAACGACCUGCUGAACAUCCCCACAAGGAAGCCGUUCCCAGUCGAAGGACCCCUUAAGCUCCAGAGCAUUGAUCUCACAAAAGAACCUGUUACGCAUGCCACAUACACUGGAGGAGCACCUACGGCCACUACCACAGCAAAGAUGCCACCAUUGUCCUUUUCUGUUGUUCCUCCAUCUGUUGCAUCCACCCCAGUGUCUACCUCUUCAGUUGUCCCUCCUGCCAACCAUCCUUCACCAGCUGUUUUGAAGACCACAGCAGCCACUGAAGUCACCUCAGUAACCGGGUCAUCGAAUGAGGACAUCUUAUGGACAAUGAAGGUGGCGGUUCAGGCAACCACACAGGCUCCCUCAACAGUCCAGAGUGCUACCACCACAAGGCCACACACCAUUAAGACGGCCACAGUCGAUUUUCAAGCACAGGCAAUGGCCAGGCCUGGUUCAGCAGACACAACUAAAGCUGUGACUUCUCCGGCCACUGCCAGCACCACAACAAAACAAGUCUUUGAUGAGGAAGAUAUCAGAAACAGUAUAGGCCAGUGCAAGGAUACUUUGUCCACCAUCUCCAGACCCACGAUCCAGAACACCUAUGGGCGGAAUGAAGGUGCUUGGAUGAAGGACCCGCUUGCCAAGGACGAGCGAAUCUACAUCACCAACUAUUACUACGGGAACACCCUGGUGGAGUUCCGGAACUUGGACAGCUUCAAACAAGGCCGGUGGAGCAACUCCUACAAGUUGCCCUACAGUUGGAUGGGGACAGGCCACGCAGUGUACAACGGCUCCUUGUAUUACAACCGGGCCUUCACUCGCAACCUCAUCAAAUAUGACCUGAAGCAGCGUUACGUGGCAGCUUGGGCCAUGUUGGACGACAUCGCCUAUGAGGAGGAGACCCCAUGGCGGUGGCGUGGGCAUUCCGACGUGGACUUUGCCGUAGAUGAGAACGGCCUGUGGAUCAUUUACCCGGCCAUCAAUUACGAAGGCUUCAGCCAGGAGGUGAUUGUCCUCAGCAGGCUCAACGCCGUUGACCUGAGCACUCGGAAGGAGACCACCUGGAGGACAGGCCUUCGCAAGAACUUCUACGGCAACACCUUCGUCAUCUGCGGCGUCCUCUAUGCCGUUGAUAGUUACAACAAGAAGAACGCCAAUAUCUCCUAUGCGUUUGACACGCACACCAACACGCAGAUCAUCCCCCGCUUGCUGUUCGAGAACGAAUAUUCCUAUACCACUCAGAUAGACUACAACCCCAAGGAUCGCCUCCUUUAUGCUUGGGACAAUGGCCACCAGGUGACUUAUGAUGUCAUCUUUGCUUACUGAGGACACGGCGCGGGCAAUUCAGAUGGGCCCCUAGCACCUUUUUUAAAAAAAUAAUAUUUUUUUAUUGUACAAAUCACAGAGUAAAUGAUUUUUGUUUCCUUUUUGAAAGUUAAGUGGAUUGUAGAUCAGUCCACAAGCCAAAGUCAAUCCUUUUUAUUGUGGGGCAUAACCCCUUGCUUCCGUUUUUAUACUGAAUAUGCGGCCUCCCGUGAGACCAUGGAAAAUUAUUAAUUUUUUUUGCCAAGUGCAAACUUCCAACAGACGACGACGUGACCCGUUUUGUUGCCUCGUUAUUGUUACGGGAGACUUGCCCUUUGGAGGUGAGUUCCUUUAAAAAGAGUUACCAUUUUUAUAAUAAAAUAUCAAUUGUUGAAA